AGGCAUAGUUUUCACAUCCUGCUGGGAAAAACUGGGGUCCGGGGGAGACAGGAGGAAGCCUUUAAACGCGUGGAAACCCGACUCUCUUUAAAAUAAACACGCUGGCAGUCAUUUGCAAGUGACUACUGGCUCUGGUCUGAGUGAGGAGGUCACUUCCGGAGCGGUGAGCGCGAAAAGUCUGGCGGCCGCCGCCGCCGGAGCAGCUAAGUGCGGAGUUACUGACUGAACAUGGCAAGUGACAUCCAAGAGGCUCCUAAAUAUGGAGCUUCUUGUUCAAAUUCUAAUGCUGAUGGAAAACUGUCUUUCCUACCUGGAAAGCUAAAACAGAGACUACUUCCUUUUCAGAAGAAAGGAAUCACAUUUGCAAUGGAGAAAAGCGGCAGGUGCAUGAUUGCAGAUGAGAUGGGCCUAGGGAAGACGAUCCAAGCAAUAGCGGUAUCUUACUACUACAAAAAUGAAUGGCCUUUGUUAAUAGUGGUGCCCUCAUCUCUGAGGUACCCUUGGGCUGAUGAGAUAGAGAAAUGGAUUCCUGACCUCUGCCCAGAGGAUAUAGUCAUCAUUCAAAAUAAAACUGAUACUUGGCGAAUUCCUACAAGCAAAGUCACCAUAUUAGGUUACGGACUGUUAACUUCAGAUGCACAGACUUUAGUAGAUGCUGUAUGCAAACAGAACUUCCACGUAGUGGUAGUUGAUGAGUCUCACUACAUGAAAUCCAGAAAUGCGACUCGCAGCAAGAUUUUGCUACCACUUAUUCAGAAUGCUGUUCGGGCCAUUCUACUUACUGGAACUCCUGCUUUAGGAAGACCCGAAGAGCUCUUUAUGCAGCUUGAAGCAAUUUGCCCAGGAAAAUUUGGGACAUGGACCGAAUAUGCAAAAAAGUACUGUGGUGCACAUGUCAGGUUUUUUGGUAGACGACGGCAGUGGGAUUGCAGAGGAGCUUCAAAUUUAGAUGAGCUGCACCAGCUUCUAAGUGAUGUAAUGAUUAGGCGACUAAAAAAGGAAGUUUUAACUCAGUUACCACCUAAGAUUAGGCAGCGUAUCCCUUUUGAUCUUCCCAAAACUGCUGCUACGGAAUUAAAUGCUAGUUUUGAAGAGUGGGAGAAAUUAAUGAGAGCUUCAGAUUUAGAUUCUACAGAAAGCGACUUUCUCCAGGUGAUGAGUCUCAUUACACGAAUGUUUAAACAGACUGCUAUUGCCAAGGCAGGAGCAGUAAAAGAUUAUAUCAAAAUGCUUCUUGAAAAUGACAAACUUAAGUUUCUAGUCUUUGCACAUCAUUUAUGCAUGCUCCAGGCAUGUACAGAGGCAGUGAUAGAAAGCAAGGAACGCUACAUUCGAAUAGAUGGAAGUGUACCCUCAGCAGAAAGAAUAAACCUUGUCAAUCAGUUCCAGAAGGACCCAGAUACUAGAGUGGCCAUUUUGAGCAUUCAGGCUGCUGGUCAGGGUUUAACUUUUACUGCUGCUACUCAUGUUGUUUUUGCUGAACUGUAUUGGGAUCCUGGACAUAUAAAGCAAGCAGAAGACAGAGCGCAUCGGAUUGGGCAGUGCAGUUCUGUGAAUAUCCAUUACCUCAUCGCAAAUGGGACACUGGACCCUCUUAUGUGGGCAAUGUUGAACCGCAAGGCAACAGUUACAGGCACCACACUAAACGGCAGGAAAGAAAAACUGCAGGCAGAAGAAGGAAGUAGAGAGAAAUGGAAUUUCCUGAGUUUUGCAGAAGCCUGGACACCUAAUGAAAGUCUGAAUGACAUUAAAAACCAAGUUUUAUUCACCCAUUUUGAGAAGGAAAAGCAGCAUGACAUUCGUGCCUUCUUGUCACCAAAGCCAAAUGCUGAGAAAAAGAGAAAAAUGGCUUCUUGUGACGAGUCUUUGAGUUUCAGUCCAGAUACUUCUCAAGCUGAAGAGGAAAAGGACAUAGAGGAGAGUGACUGUUUGGGCUCCGGGGAAGCAAAGGAUCCAGACUCUGUUUGCAGUGAGCCAAAGCGAUCAAGACCUUUAGAGCCCUCUACCCCAAAGAACACAUCUAGGAAAAAGAGAAAAUCUCUGUUUGGAAAAACAGCCUCUUCACGUCCAGAAGACACUAUUCUAGUGGACAAAGAAGCUCAGCUGUUUAAUUCAAGCAAAGGAACUGCUUCAGAAGCAGCCUGGCAUUGCAAUCUUUGUACUUACUGUAAUAAUUCAUUACUACCUUACUGUGAAAUAUGUGAAUCUCCUCGGGAACAGAAAAGUAAACAGAAUAAAAAUCAAAUGAGUAGCUCCAUCCAGAGUGAAAAUGAAACUGCAGCUCUAGAUGCUAGAAACGUUAAUGGUGCUGAAGUGACUGAUAAAUUUGGCCAAAGAAAAGGCUUAGGACUGCUGAAUGCUGAAAUCAAGGAAGGAGCUGCCAUUGCUGCAGAUAAGCACUCUGAUCAUUGUGAGCAAAGGCUCAGAGAAGAGAAUGCAGAGGAUUCACAUUCCUAUCCCGUGUAUAGUGGCCUUCUGUUCUGUGCAAGUAGGAACACUGAUAGAAUUCAUAUCUACACAAAGGAUGGAGAGCCUUUGAAUUGUAACUUCAUUCCAUUGGACAUAAAAUUAGAUAACUGGGAAGAUUUACCAGAGCAUUUUCAACAAAAACAGAACCGUUCAUUGAUAUUGAGGUUUGUGAGAGAAUGGAGUAGUCUCACAGCCAUGAAGCAAAGAAUUAUUCGGAAAGGGGGUCAGAUAUUUUCUAGCCCCAUUCUGGCUGCUGAAGAUACAUUGUCAAAACAACAGGCCAGACUUGGCAGUACCAAACGGUAUGUGACAAAAGAGGACGUUGCCAAAGCUUCAGUAAGAAAAGUGGAUAGUAGUGGUGGCAGUGUUCGUUUAGUUGCUAAACAGUCUACGAUUCCCUUAAAAAUACAUACUGGCUCUGCUGGCGAAAAGGACCAACAUUCUGCAAAGUUGGCAUCAGUAGACGGAAAUUGCCCAGUCUCCAUUUUAGAUCUGAGUCAAACUGAUGCUGUGGAGGAGCUCUCUAUAGGGAAAGGCUACUUGCAGGCUGUAGACGUUGAAGGGAAUCCACUCUGCCUCAGCUGCCAAAAGCCAACCAUUGUGCUUGAUCAUACAUCCACGUGCGCUGCCUGGGACACACGAUUUUGUUCUCACGAAUGCCAGGAUGACUUCUUAAUCCGCUCGAGUCAAAGUUACUUGAGAACCCAAGUAUUUGAAAUCGAACAUGGUGUUUGCCAGAUGUGUAGUCUGAAUGCUCAGGAACUGUACCUCACUGUCAGAGAUGCCCCAAAGAAUCAACGUAAAAGUCUUUUGGACAGAACUUGGAUGUCCAAGCUUCCUCUCACACAGUUGAAUGAAAUUAUCCUGAACCCAACUGAAGGUCACUUCUGGCAAGUGGAUCAUAUCAAGCCAGUUUAUAGUGGAGGAGGACAGUGUUCUCUAGAAAACCUUCAGACGUUAUGUACAGUUUGUCACAAAGAGAGAACAGCAAAGCAAGCAAAGGAAAGAGGCCAACUAAAGAGACAAAGUCUAGCUUCAAAAUAUGGGUCGGACAUUACUAAGUUCUUUGUGAAACUAUAAAGUGAAGUCACCCUCUGUAUUAAGGGUAGUAUUGAACACAGUGAUACAAAUCAUAUACUCUAACAUGAUACUAAACUUCUGUAAUAAGAAUCAGUCAUGUACCUUUAGCUGUGCAUUAUCUAUUGAGUUUGUCUUAUUAUAAACAUUUGUAAUUACUA